GUAGAAGAAACAUCGGUGGCCGACUGUACUGGGUUUUGAAAAUCAGUGCGAGCUUCGACUUUCGGUGCUAACUAGGAUUUUCCGGCCGACCAGGGGAUCAACCUUGUCGCGAUGUCAAUCUUACCUGAAAAUUUUGAUCAUAGCAAUAACAUUCAUCCUAUUGAAUUCCUUACCCCUGGCAUGAAACAAUUGGAAGUUUCUCCUUCCUCUACUUCAAUAGAAAGCUCAAACACAAGUAGCAAUGCUGAUGGUGUGCAGGUUACGUGUUUCAGUGAGGUCAUUGAUGGAGUCUCCCUUCAUUUUCAGAUCAUUUUUCUGCAUAAACAGAUUUUUGCAUGGGUUGGUUGCAGUUCUGCUAAACUUGGCCAUUUAUAUGCAGCAGCACCCACUCGACCUAACAAUACAGUAAGUAUGACUAGCAUUAUUGGAGGAGCUUCUGAUAAUACAGGAUCUGGGAUUGCUCGCAGAUUAGUUUUGAAGACUGGUAUGAACAUAAUAUUAGCUUGUAAUCUUCCGAAGAACAGCCCAAUGCUUGAGGCCAGCGCAGAGAAGCUGCUUAAACAGAAGAUCAUGGAAUUGGGGUAUACCCAAAACAAAUCUAAAGUAUUAGUAGCUUAAUUAUGCAUGCAUGUAGCUCAAUUCUUACUAUUUAAUGGUUUGUGAACAGUUUAUCGACUCCAGCCUCUUGAGCAUUUUCUUUAUCUUCUAGCCCUGUAAACUUUGUAUUUGAGUUAGAUCAUUUAUCUUUCAGGGAAAUAUUUGGCCUUGUAAAAUAUGUUUCUCAAAAUAUAUGAAUGCACUUCAUUCGUGUAUGUAAC